AUGUCAUUCACGCCCCCACCCCGCCGAACCCCCACUGCCUCGGCCUACUCCUCUGGCUCCUCCACCCCCGAGCCUUCGGGCUGGCGCGCCAAGAUGGCCGCCAAGUCCAAGAGCUGGGGUGCUGUCGCGAUUGAGAAAGUGACUGUCGUCAGCGACAACGUCGGCGGCCGAGUCAACACGUUUGCGGCGAACCGGCUGGGCACAGAGGCGUUUUGGCCUGUGACGGGCGAUUUCCCGCAGGAGAUGGACAAGGCUGCGCGUAUCCUGAAGCAGUUUACUGUGGACGGCAUUGUGACCGAGGACAAGAAGAAGAAGAUCAAGCUCGUACGCAAGAUCCCGCCCAAGGUGAUUGCAGAGGCCAAGGGUCUGGCAAUCUUUACAAGCAUGCGCAGUGGUAUCGCCCCGCUUGGCGGUGCUGGUGGUGCGGGCCUUGUGACGGCCAAGCUGCCUGAUGGAACCUGGUCAGCGCCGGCCUGCAUCUCGCCCAACAACCUGUCAACUGGGUUCCUCAUCGGUGUCGAUAUUUACGACUGUAUCCUUGUCAUUCGUACUCAAAAGGCUCUCGAAUCGUUCGGCACCCACAAGUUUACUCUUGGUACGGAAAUCGCCGUUGCGGCCGGUCCGUGGGGUGCUGGCGCCGCUGUCGAGGCAGGAAAGGAGGCCGCCCCGGUGUUCAGCUACGUCAAGAGCAAGGGCCUGUACGCCGGCAUCGAGGUUGUGGGCCAGGUGUUUGUCGAACGCUACGAGGAGAAUGGGAACUUGUACCACUGGCCAGGUGUCAAGGCGAGGGAUAUUCUCGCUGGCAAGGUCGCCGUCCCUCGCGAAAUGGCAAACCUCACACUCGCUCUCCAGGAGGCCGAGAGCGGUCGUGCCCAAUCGCGCACGAACGCCGGAGCGCUCGAGUACGUCUUUGACCCCAACACUGUGCCGCGACCGACCGACGACCUCGAGCUCGGCGAGGGCGAGGUCCUCAAGCUGCCGCCCACGCCGGAAAUGACAAACGGCCACGAGUGUGAGAGCGACCCCGAGACCGAGGCCAUCAUCCGCCGGUCAGGUCUCAACAGGCCCGACCUCCCGAAGCGGCCCGGCACCGCUCCUCCAACUGGCCCGCCUCCGCCUCUCCCGCCCCGCUCGUCCAUGCGGCCGGUGAGCAUCAACCACGCGCCAGUGGACUACCUUGUCGACGCCUCUGACCCGAGCGAAAAGGCCUACGCCGCUCCCGUGGGUCCCCCUCCCCAUCUGGCAGCAAGCUACGCGCCACUCACCCCGUCGCCACUUACGCCCGAGGUCAUCACCCCCGUCUCGCCCAUCUCACCAAUGGCCGGUACCUCCACAAGCACGGCGACCGCCGGGCACGCCGACGACGCCCCGCCGCCUGCGUACGAUGCCAGCACCAGCGCCGCCGAGUCUGGUUUCCCCGACGAGAAGAAGGUCGAUUUCGAGAAGCUCGCCAUUGUCGACGACCACGCGCACGUGGCUGCGGCACCCGACUCGCCAAAGUCCGAGUACAAUGAGGACGCGUACGGCGGUAUCGAGGACACGAUGCCCGAGGGCGAGAUGACCGAGGGCGAGCGUCGCGAGUGGGAGCAACACCUCGCCGCGCAGAAGGAUGCGGCGAGGGAGAAGGAGAUGAUGGCCAACAAGGCUGUUUAG